CUCCGCGUCGUCCUCCCAGGCUCCCAGCCGCGUGUCGCCUCGCCUCCUACUCCCCUCCCCUCCACGGCGGCGCCCAGGCGGCCGCCUCCGCGAACCGUUCGACAGCAUUAAGUGUUCUCACUAUGGAUCUUCCCAAUUCACUAACUUCAUCCGGCGACAAUGAGACAACGGCACUUAAUGCAUUGCUUGAUGCUUUUGGUUCUGCCUUUUCACUUGAAGAUAUAGCUACGGCAUAUUGCAGAGCAAAUGGUGAUCUCAACAGAGCCGGCGAUCUGUUGACUGAACUUGAACUUCCGAUGGCUAAGAGUGAUGAAGUUGACUCAAGUGUUGGGACUAUUCUUCCCCCGAGUGGUAAGGCAAGUAAAGAAAACUGUACAGAGGAUUCAGGCCAAGCAAGAUUACGCGAAAAGGUGCAGAAGUCUAGUGCUUCAUUUGGCACUGUAUCCAGCAUGUUGGUAAAGGGAUCUACGAGGGCUACUGUAUCUUUGCAUAGAGCACCAGGAAAAGAAAAACCUCCAAUGGUUGAGCUACCAGAGUACAUGCGGGAUGAUUUUAAUGUGAAAACUGAUAAAUCUGAGUCUGCAUCACAGAGAGAUACUUUGAAUAAUAGAGAUAUUGAGGAGUUUCUAUUUUCUAUGCUUGGAGAAGGAUUUAAGCUCAGCAUGGACAUGAUCCGUGAGGUUCUAGGCAGCUGUGGAUAUGACAUUAAGAAGAGCAUGGAGGAACUAAUGUCGGGUUCUGCAAAAGAUACAGGCAAAAAGGCAGAAGAAAAACAUAAUGUAGUACAGGAUGCAGCAGUAGAAUACCCCUUAUCCAAGGGAAGCUGCCUAGAAUCACAGUCCACCUUUAGGAAUGGCAGUGCCUAUUCUUUGCGAGGUGAGAGACAUAGCUCAAGUCAGAUUUCUCCAGGAGAGCUGCUAGAGUCGAUCUUCACUGUACCUGAAAGAUCCGAGGAGGAACCAGUAAGAAAACGAUACGAACUGGGUGCAAAUCGAAACAGAGUUCUAGAUCAGAAACCAGUUGUAGGACCUCUUGAGGACAUCUCAUCAUAUUCUACAAGUUUUGCAGGGAAAGUUACCCUAGUUAGCAAAGAACCAGUUGCAGAUAACGAGGAUGAUUACCAGAACUAUCGUAGGGCUGCGAAGCAGCAUUGGGAUAUGAUGAAGCAAUACUAUGAAAAGGCUGUUGAUGCUUUUAGGGAGGGUAACCAGAAAGAAGUCGAGUAUCUUCUUGGGGAAGGCAAACACUAUUACAAGAUGGCUCGACUGGCUGAUGAAAGAUCUUCUGGGGAGAUUGUCAGGUCGAAAAAAGUAGAGUCAAAGAAUGAGUUGUGUCUUGAUCUGCGUGGACAAGAUCCAGCCAACGUAGCAAAUCUUGUGAGACUUCAUCUUAGACAGUUGUCUAACAUCCCAUUUCUUGAGUACUUAAAAGUCAUUACUGGUGCUGAGGAUGGCAGUUUCAAAUCAGGACAAAGAAGAAGAAAGGUGAUAAAAUAUCUGGAGAAGAAAUCGAUUGUGUGGACUGAAGAGGAAGCGAACCACGGAACCAUCCUCAUCCCAAUUAAUCAGAUGCAGGACCAGCAGGCUUAGGUUCAUACAGAGCUGGUGGCACACAAACUGACAGAAGUCGAUGUUCAUAGCUGCUGCAUCAUUAGUUUCCACUUUGCACCUUGGUCCUCUCCCUUUCUUUUGGGCAUCUGAACCAUGGAAGUUACGUGCAUUGCAUUCUUUUCUCCUGCACAUUGCAGGCAAUUCGAA